AUGUCUAUGCUUGAUAUCGUAGACUGUGUAUCAUCACCCUUCUUAAAGACCAUCGCUGGACUUCAGAAUACUGAAUUAAUCACCUCACCCAGUCCUUACUCUAAAUUAGAUAGCUUUGAUCAAAAGCAAGAGCUUGAAAAGGAGUUUUGUCGAGACUUUUCCUGUUGUGGACUGAAUCUCGGUAAUUUACAUCAAUUACUAGAACACUAUGAGGAAUAUCAUUUAUUUCGUACCAACACCACAGAAGAGGAUGAGCGUCGCUUUACUUGCUCACCACCAUCCGAAGAAGAAAUGAACCUGUCUCAACCCAUGCAACUCGCUCAAUUAGCAAACACCUCCACCAAGGAACAUUUGACAAAAUCAGAUUUAAAUAUGCUCGAAAAUGCUCAAAAGUAUGCUUCAAAACGUUCCGUCCAGACUUUAGAUUCCAUCGUCGAUGGCUUAAAUACACCUAGUCUCAGUCCCAGUGAAAGCUCCGAACCCUUUUUUGAUGAGGAUCUAUCGGAUUCAGGUAGUUGGAUACGAAGAGCCAAUAUGAUUAUUUCUUCUACCAACAGCAAUGACGAUCUGUCAGAUAAACCUUAUCGGUGUCAUAUCGAAGAUUGUGACAAGGCAUAUAAGAACGCGAACGGAUUAAAAUAUCACCGCUUACACGGUCAUUGUCCACCGACCGAUAGCAACGACUUGUUGGAUGCCAAUAAACCUUACACUUGUUCCUUGGGCGUCUGUCGUAAACGUUAUAAGAACCUGAACGGUUUAAAAUAUCAUAUUGAACAUACUCACAUGUCCAAACUCCAUAAUUUAAGUCCUGCUGAUAUUUGGAUGAGAGACUGUAAAGGUCGAAAAAGGCGCUUUUCCUCAUCCUCGUCGUCAUCCGCUUUAUCAACAGACUCUUUGUCAUAA